CUAGUGACUGGCUCCUUUUCUCCCUUCUCUCCGGCCCUACACAGUGUCUGAUGGAGCUUUCUUACCAGACUCUCAAAUUCACCCAUCAGGCGCGGGAAGCGUACGAGAUGAGGACAGAAGCACGGCGAAAAAAUCUUCUUAUUUUGAUUUUGCAUUAUUUAACACAAGAAGGAUAUAUUGAUACAGCCAAUGCUUUGGAGCAAGAAACUAAACUGGGCUUACGACGCUUUGAAGUCUGUGACAACGUUGAUCUUGAAACUAUUCUGAUGGAAUACGAGAGCUAUUACUUUGUAAAAUUCCAGAAAUACCCAAAAAUUGUCAAAAAGGCAUCAGACCCAGCAGAAAAUAAUUUGCCACAAAGAAGUGGAGGAAAGACCAGAAGGGUGAUGAGUGACAGCUGUCAAAAUCUUCCCAGGAUCAAUCAGCAGAGGCCUCGGUCCAAAAGCUCAGUGGGGAAGCCAGGGGACACCAAGCCCCUCCAUAAGGAGCAUCCUAAGCAGGAGGUUGACAAUAACACCCACGUAGUGAGUACUGACUUUGGCUUAAGUAUAUCAGGAAUCAACAGAGGCGGCGGAGAAGACAGCGUCUGCCCGCAAAAAGGCCACAUCAUUGACUUCCGAGGGCUGCUCACAGACGCCAUCAAAGGAGCAAGCAGCGAGCUCGGCUUCAACAGCUUCGACUGUAACCCAGACCCCUCAGAACGACUGCUGAAGCCUCUGAGUGCAUUUAUUGGCAUGAACAGUGAGAUGCGAGAACUGGCAGCCGUGGUGAGCCGGGACAUCUAUCUCCAUAAUCCAAACAUAAAGUGGAGUGACAUUAUUGGACUCGAUGCAGCCAAGCAGUUAGUCAAAGAAGCUGUCGUGUAUCCUAUAAGGUACCCACAGCUGUUCACGGGAAUUCUUUCUCCCUGGAAAGGACUGCUGCUCUACGGCCCUCCAGGUACGGGAAAGACUUUACUGGCCAAAGCUGUGGCCACAGAAUGCAAAACAACCUUCUUCAACAUUUCUGCAUCUACCAUUGUCAGCAAAUGGAGAGGGGAUUCAGAAAAGCUUGUUCGGGUGUUAUUUGAACUUGCCCGCUAUCACGCCCCCUCCACCAUCUUCCUGGACGAGCUGGAGUCAGUGAUGAGUCAGAGAGGCACGGCUCCCGGGGGAGAGCACGAAGGAAGCCUUCGGAUGAAGACAGAAUUACUGGUGCAGAUGGAUGGGCUGGCUCGCUCAGAAGAUCUCGUGUUUGUCUUAGCAGCUUCUAACCUGCCAUGGGAGCUGGACUGCGCCAUGUUACGCCGCCUGGAGAAGAGGAUUCUGGUUGAUCUCCCCAGCCGGGAGGCCAGGCAGGCCAUGAUCCACCACUGGCUGCCCCCUGUGAGCAAGAGCAGAGCCCUGGAACUGCGCACAGAGCUGGAGUACAGUGUGCUGAGCCGGGAGACUGAGGGCUACUCGGGCUCAGACAUUAAGCUAGUCUGCAGGGAAGCAGCCAUGCGGCCUGUGAGGAAGAUCUUUCACGCACUUGAAAAUCACCAGUCAGAGAGCAGCAAUUUACCUGGGAUCCAGCUGGAUACAGUGACCACUGCCGACUUUCUGGAUGUGUUAGCUCACACCAAGCCUUCAGCAAAGAAUCUGACUCAGAGAUACUCAGCCUGGCAAAGUGAGUUCGAGUCUGUUUGAAAUCACAUUUACCCUGACCCGGCCACAAAGACAACCAUAGAGGCCUCCUGGUUUAUUAGUGUAAGGGAAAGAAGAACAUGAUUGGAAUAGACAAAAGAAACUUAUUCUUGAAGACUGGAUAAAGUUGGACAACUGGAUUGUUAACAUGAGAUAUUUUGGCUAAUUUUUCAUGACUGAUGCCAGCAAAAUAUGAAGAUUUCAAUUACAGGUACAUGUGCCAGUAGGUCAGGCAACGGAGACUUUUCUCACAAUUAGACUCCAUAAAAUUUUCACGAACAAUUUCUUGUAGUGUUCCUCAUUUGUGAACUGGUCUUUUCAUUUGAAGAAAAAGAUGUAUGUAGUUAGGAAAGUUGUGUUGGAAUGCACAGGGUGGUUCUCAGUUGGGGAGCCGAUUAGAAGCUAAG